AUGGUGAUAAUGAAGAGACGCGGCGCCGAGGCUUGGUUGAUCUUGCUUCUGUUGCUUGUUCAAGGUGGCGAGUGCAUCAAGUGGCUAGCUCUCGGUCAUACAGGAGAUGGCUACAUGUGGACGAGGGAAGCUUGCACCAGUGCGAAGGGGGCCGGCCUUUUGGAAAGAAAGCAGGCAAGAGCAUGCAGGGCGACGCCGGACAUAAUGUCUAGUUUGGUACAAGCAGCAAUGGACACUUCAACAGUAUGUCAGCAAGCGUUUCGACAUCGCAGAUGGAAUUGCAGCAGUAUUGAACGUGCGCCAGAUUAUACGCCUGAAUUAUUAACCGGAACAAGGGAACAGGCAUUUGUAUACGCUAUGUCGGCCGCAGCUGCGGUUUGGAGGCUGGCAAGAGGAUGCGCGUUAGGAAGUCUGGCAGCUUGUUCUUGUGCAAUCCCGCCGCGAAGGGAGCCACCGUCGCCGUCCGCUUUGAUUUCGCCGUCGUCCUUCACCGCGACGUCGGUUUCGUUCGGGACACUGUCCGCCAGGAACUCCUUCAAAUGGGGCGGCUGCGGCGACGAUGUUAGAUCAGCGUCCAGAAUGGCAAAGAGGUUCCUUCAAGGCGCUACACCUCCUGGUACCGGUGCAACGACAAAAUUUAUGCACGCCGUUAAUAUGCACAACAACCGGGCAGGUCGAAGGGCAGUCGAGCAAUCGUUGACCUUGGAAUGUAAGUGCCACGGCGUAUCCGGAUCCUGCAGUGUACGCACCUGUUGGAGAGGACUCGGUACUUCCGGACCUUCAGCAGCAGGAAGUCGUUUACUUCAAAGAUACGCAACCGCGGCGGAAGUCCGACCGAGAUCAGGUGGAAGACUACCGCCUCUUUACCAUCAUGAUAAUUUACUGUAUACUACCAAAAGCGCGGAUUACUGUCUUCCUGAUAAGAAAAGAGGAAGCCUAGGAACUAUUGGCAGGCAAUGCAAUGGCAGCAGUUCCGGGUACGAGGGUUGUGAAUAUCUUUGCUGCGGUCGAGGGCAUAUCACGAAAACAGAAGACAUCCUGGAACGAUGUGAUUGCAAAUACAUCAGCUGUUGCUAUGUAAAGUGCAAGACAUGUAGAAGAGUCAUAAAAACCUACGAGUGUAAAUAA